CGGGCCCCUCGGCUGGCUGUAGAUAAUUCGCUUGAGCGGUUUAGUUUGGCGCGGUGGUGGCGAGUUGGCGAGCUUGAGGAAAGCUCAGUGCGCGGGUAGUGACUCGGGCCGGCGCACGGCGCUCGCGCAGCUCACGCCGACGCCGCCGCACCGUGACAUGUGCCGACUAUGGACUUGUGGAGCGGCCGCCCGCCCGCUUGCGCCGCUUCCCCGCCCUUGACGAUCGAGGGCGAAGGGUUCGCUCUCACUUUCUUUGAUAAGGACGGCGCCACCCCCCCUCCGCCACCGAAACAAGUCGGCAGGUACGCCGCGGACAGCGCCAGCGCGGGCAGCGGGAAGGCGGCGGCUCCGUGCAAGGUCUGCGGCGACAAGGCCUCGGGGUACCACUACGGCGUCACCUCCUGCGAGGGCUGCAAGGGUUUCUUCAGACGGAGUAUUCAAAAGCAAAUAGAAUACCGGUGCCUGCGGGACGGCAAGUGCCUGGUGAUCCGGCUCAACCGCAACCGCUGCCAGUACUGCCGCUUCAAGAAGUGCCUAGCCGUCGGCAUGAGCCGAGACUCUGUGAGGUACGGCAGAGUACCGAAAAGGCCCAGGGAAGUGGUAAGCACCGAUAGCAUGCCCGACCUGAGCAGAAGUGUGCCCUCGUCGGGGGUCGUUCCCAUCGCGGGCCUAGAGGAGAUGGAGGGGGACAGCCUGCGGCAUGGCGUGGCCAAGGAGCUGGCCAAGAUGGUGACGGCCGCGCACCGCACCAACAACUCCUACACCGAGGAGCUGCGCCGCUCGCUCACGCCGCGGGCCAUCUUGCUACACGUCGACGACUCCGACAACGAAGGCAAUGGCGGCGAGGAGGCGGCGUCGUCGACGACGGACCGCGCGACGGACGCGCGCGCCGCGCUGUGGCAGCACGUGGCGCUGCGCAUGACGCCCGCCGUGCAGCAGGUCGUCGAGUUCGCCAAGCGCCUGCCCGGCUUUCACACGCUGCCACAGGACGACCAGCUCAUCCUAAUCAAGCUGGGAUUCUUCGAGGUGUGGCUGUCGAGGGUGACCCGAUUGUCGACCCCAGAUUGUAUCGUGUUCGAUGAUGGCACGACCAUUACUCAGAGCCAACUGGAUAUAGUAUAUGACGUGGCCUUCUCGACGGGGGUGCUGCGCUACGUGCGCGACGUGUCGGCGGUGCAGCUGACGGAGGAGGAGCUGGCGCUGUUCACGGGCGCGCUGCUGCUCAACCCCGCGCGCGCCGGCCUCAGCGAGCCCGAGCGCGUCAGCGCGCUGCACCGCGCGCUCGCCGACGCUCUACACCACACCGUGACGGGAUCGGUCGGGGGCAGCGCGCGAGCCGAGGCGCUGGGCGCGGCCACGCGCGACGUGCAGGCGCUCGGGCUGCGCCACCACGAGCUGCUGGCGUGGUGCCGCGCGCACUGGCCGCGUCUCGUGCUGCCAGCACUCUUCUCCGAGAUCUUCGACAUCCCCAAGAGUGAGGACGACGAGGCAGGCGACGCCGACCGCGCCGAGGCCGCCGCGCCCGCCGCCGCCGCCUCGCCGUCCGCCGGACAAGGCACCGCCUCCGUCACGCAAUUGCAGGGUUGAACAUCGAUCACCAUCCGAAUGAACAAUUUCACAUUACGAGUAUAUUAGCAUUUAGGGGAGGUGGCAUAAGGUGACCGUAGUGCCUAAGGGUGGUAUUCCUUGUGUCCAAUAUCUUGGGCCAAUGUCAUUGCGUUUCACUCUCCUAUUAAGCAAAAUGUAAGACAAGAUACGAAUUGGACAAAGAAAUUGGACAGGUGGAAUACCACCCUAAGGCGAGCGUAUGUGAAAAUUUAAAAUUAGGUAGGUACUCAUGCGUUGCCUACUUUUAUUUUCUUUCAGUCUAUAUUCCCCUCACAACGUAUGUAGGUGGGUAAUUAGUAACAGACUACAAUCGGUAUUAUCAUACUAUGUUUAAAUGAUACCAAUAAAAACCGGCCAAGAGCAUAAGCAAGCCCGCGCAUAACGAACUUUUGAAUUUGAUCAUUUAAAAACUAAAAAUAAAUACCGGCGCGCAUUUGGCCAUUUGUUUACAUACUUGUUAUAUUACCUACCUUAAAUUUUCAACUAGGUACAUACCUAGGUACUAAAAUAAGAAUAAAGUUGUGAGCGGUAUUGAGACAAGAAAAUUGAAGAAAAAAUUAGAUCUUUAACAAAACUCCAUAUGAUACUUAUACACCGUGUUUUUUUUUAUUUCCGUUAAUUUCAAGGGUGCAUCCCUGAGCUUAAAUCAAAUAACUUUCUCAAAAACACCGAUAUCCUAAUUAACUCCAUUUCGGAGAUAUCAAUAAUUUAUUUUUUUCCUAUAAGGCCUCUACAAGCGUGUACACUUGCCUUAGGGCUGGUUUACAUAUUGAUUAGUGUUUAGAAUCAGUUCAUAACAUUUGCUACUAAAGUUAAGUACAAUCUCGGUCGAUAGAUGUUCGAAAUGACAUUGAUAUGUCAAAGGUUUCAAUUGUCUGGUUGAGUUAAAUGUAAUGCCCGUGUUAUAACAACGCUAUAUGCUACAUUUAAUUACUCAUUAAACUUAAUUAAAAAAAAAUACAAAAAAAUUUAUUUUUUUUGAAAAUUAACUAUGCCAUUUAGUUAUCUUAAAUGUACUUAACCAUACCCCGAAGUUAACGGAAUUCAAUAAAAACACGGUGUAUAUUAUGUACCUACUUGUAAAACUUACAAGCUUCUUAUGACAAAGCUUAUGUAUGUAACGUAAGCUUUGGUUAGUGCUGAAAUAAUUUUAUACCUCACAAACCUUUGGUCACAAAUGUCAAUAAAUAAUUGGUUUGUAACCGAAAUUCGUAAGGUGGAGCAUGCCACGACACGCACACCAACCACGUGUUACUUUCGAAAAUUCGUUUAAUUAUAUACCUACCGUUUUUCGCGCAAUAAAGUAAAUGUAAGAAAGAACUGGUUUUCCUGUGUAACAUACCACUGCGGUGGCGCGACAGUCAAGUACGUAUGUACUAACCUAUCUACCUUUUUAUGUUUUGUCACAUUGCAAUAGGCACAAAAAUGUAAAUAACUAGGUAGAUAGGUAGGUACCUACUUUGGUUUCGUUGGCCAGACUUGCGAAGUUAAAUGUUGACAGAUAUAUUACAUAUUAUAAGUACCUACCUACUUGAUAUUUUAAGAAAAAUAAUAUACUUAUUAGAAUAGGCGCCUAGUUGGCUUUAAAAACCUGAGGUGCAAUAGAAAGAAUACUUUAGGAUUAGUAUGAUUUCAAAUCCGAUCUCGACCUUGAGACUGAUCAACGCUGUAUGUACAGCUAGCAAACCUAUUUGCUAAUAGCUUUGCUGACUGUACAUCUACACCUAUGUUAUUUUCCAUUCGAGGGGUGAGCAGUUAAACCCGAUAAGUCGAGAUAUUUUUUUAUUUAUAUAAGAACUCCAGGCAAUGUAGGUAGGUAGUUGAGUGAAAAAAUAUCUCGACUUAUCGGGUUUGACCGCCCACCCCUCGCAUUACGAGAUACCACUACGAGGUUUAAUAUUUACGUUCUUAUUAUAUUUAUAGGUGUUUGUUUUGCUAUUAUUAUUUCGUUUUUUUUAAGCUUUACAAGCCAAGCUCCAUUUGCACGCUAUGAGAACAUGCAUGCAAUACAAAUUUAAUACAUUGCUAACUACAGAGUAGGUACAAUGAAUUAAGUCUCGACAAAAUACCGCAGUGUAAAGAAGAUCGCAUGCAAGUCCUUGAUCCAUCUAAAUGGGGCUGAUUAAGUACCCGUCUAUACGUUUAAAUUUUUCCGCUAAGUAUUUACCGACUCUAUAUAGAUAUAGGUUUUAAAGUUUUCACUAUUGGCCAAAUAUUACGAAGUAUCAUCAAGGUAAAAUUACAGCUGAUCUUAGUUAUGAAGUCUCUUAAAAUUUAAUAUUUUUGAAUGCCAAAUUCAUCAAGUCAUCUAAUCUCU